AUGACGAAUAUGAAAUUAAAUACUUUUCCUAUAGCAAAACUUCCCUUCGAUUUGAUAGAAAACGUUUUAUCCUUCUCUAUCGAACAUAAGGGUUCCAAGGUCAUCGGUUCACAACUUAUUUACGUUUGCCUAAUGUUCGCCAAGGCCGCAAUUCCACAUUUUUGGAGGCAUCUCUAUCUUGAAGAGCCUACUCAGAAAAAAAUUUUCGCCAUCUUACAUGGAAACCCUUCUAAACGCAUGUUCAAUUACCACGGCAUGGUAAAGAGCGUAACCAUUUGUCCCGUGUGGAUAUCUAACAUGAAAUCUGGUGGUUUAUUAAGGACACUUGACAUAGUCCUGUCCAAUUUACCAAACCUGACGAGAAUACACAUCGAAGAUAAACUAUCCUUCUGUCACAAUUAUCACUUGAAUAAAGAGGCGACCACCGAACAAUUAGCCGACCUGCUAUGCAAAAAAGAUUUGAAAGAACUCAUCUUGGACUCCGAUCACCUCGUUUUCAACGACGAAUUAUUGGAGAUCGUCAGCUCUCAAUCUCGAGGUCUUAAAAUGCUAUCGCUGAACGGCCCCCACUUUUCUGACGAAGGCAUCAUGGAAUACGUUAUCCCAAACCUCAAGGAUGAUCUCGUGGAAUUCUCCGCCGGUCACGGUGGAAUAAAUCCCAUCACCUUAACCGGAAACACAGUCCUCGCCCUACUCGAAAAUUGUCCAAAGUUGAAGCGAAUACUUCUGGAGGGGGUGGAUCUGAGCGACAGUGACUUCAUUGGUGAAGACUUACCCCUAAGUAAUUUGGAAUAUCUUUGGUUGGGAAAAACUAGUCACCAAAAUUUCACCGCCAAAGGUCUCGCCUCUUUGCUGAUGACAUGUAACGAGAGUUUGGUUUCAUUGGUAUUGGAUUUGAGCCAUGUGUCAAGUUUGGUACUUCAGGAUAUCAUCAUUCCUCUAUUUCAACAUCAAAAAUUGCGAGAACUACAUUUGGUCUCUGCAUCCUGGGCCGAGUGGUCCGCAUACUACCCCAGACCAAGAUCGGAACAUGAGGUUAGGGCAAAAGAAGCAAUGCUGUGCUGGAAGUUGAAGGCCUACUGGGGCAUCACUCAUGAUUUGAUUGAUUUGAUCGGAGAAAAGAUUCCCACUCUAAAAGUGUUUAGCAUUCUGGGCGAGAAUCACUUGAAAGCCGGUUUAUUUUAG